AUGGCGCGGCACGUUCAUUCAACCCUCAGUGAUGAGGGUAUCGAUGAUGCCGAUCUAAUGGACAUAGAACCGCAACAACGAAGCGACCACUGGUCCCGUGGAAGUAUUGGGCGCCCGAGUUCUGCAGCUCAGAGCAAUGUGGAGGAGGUAGACUGGCAGUUCCAAGAAGACGCAGCACCUGGCCCAUUUUCUAGCGCCCAAACCCACGAUGAACAGCUGCCAGAAACAGUUCCGAUUCCAUCUCAGCUAGAGGAUAUUCGUCUGACGACUAUCGAAACCAUCGAAGGCCGUGACCGUUUGGAUUUCUCCGAGACGUGCACAACAGCCCAUCGCAGCAGCCCUUUUGCCAUGAACGACGCGAUGGACAAUCCAUUCGAGUUUGUUUCUCGGCAAUCGCAGAUGACACACUUGCCUGCCUCCGAAGUGGGCGAGCCGGCCAGCCUGCUUGGUGAACGGCCUGGCAAAACAUCGAAACGUGCCAAAGUGCCACGGAAGACGGCCCCCGAGCAAAUGCCGAAAAAGCCGUACAACACACGAUCUGGACCAAAAGUCUCGUAUGCAGAUGGUGAAAGCAGCUCUGAUGAAGACGAUGAUUUGGAAGAAGUUUCGUCCCUAUAUGCAGCCUCUCACUCGCGGGCUCAGAAUGCAAACAAGAAGACCAGACCUGACAAAUCCAUGGCCCGAAGAGCUGCAAAGGAAGCUUCGUCCAAAAGAAAACGGCGUGAGGAACGGGUCGAUAGUAAAAUCACCCAGACAGCUGAAACGAGGAGGAGGCGACAGCGUCCCAAAACACCAUUGCCAAUCGACGACGAGACACAGAGGGUCCCGACCACGCUUCUUACCACCCCUCCAGUUACUGACCAGCGCCCCAAGAAAUGCCAGAAGCGCCAGCCUCAGCGACCUUCAGCAAUAAAGCCGAAGCCCCAAGCGAACAACAGAAAGCCAGAGAACGCUUCUCCUGCGGCAGGACCCAUGACUGGCUCCCCAGAACUUGGUUCGGAACAGCCAGCUCACGUAUUGUCUGAUGCUCGCAGUGAUAAUAGACGCACCCAGCUCUGUGGGCCUGCUCAUCCCGAGGAUGUCGAUCAAAAUGAGGAAGAGCAGAACGGCAGCAGUGUGGCAGAGUCGAUCCAUUCGACGCGCAUGACUACCCCAAGCGUGCAACCAAGCCCGCAACGCAUCUCUAACUCUAUCGAGUCGAUCCCAGCGGCCCGGCCUCCAUUGAUGGGCGACUUGUCUAUUCUCAUGUCGAGAAAUGUAUCCAGGCGCGACGAGGACAUCGGCCACCGACUGCAGGAAAUCCACAAGCGUAUCGGAAUGUAUCUGCAAGACAAGGAGAAAGAGGUUGGCUCUGUUGCCUCCGUAUAUCGCCAGAAUGGCACCAGCAUUGUGGACCGCCUCCAGAAACGUUUUGCAAAAGAACACCACACCCUCCUACGAAGAUUGCAAGAGGAUAGCGACGCGCUCAGUCAACGCCUCAAUUCCGCAAAACGAGGGCUUCGAGAAGGAGCUAGAGAUCGUCAGAGAGUGUUGAAGGAAUUGGACAGAACUGCCCAGAAGCGACAACAGUCUUGCUGCAAGGAAAUCGGUCGCAUCAAAGAUAUUGCGAAGCGAAUCCAGAACUGA